CCUCUCCCUCGACUCCUGAAGAGGGUUUUAGCAGAAAACUGAAUAGUUCCAUCCUUCCAAAAUGGCGACCAAAACCCUAAUCAAGAGCGGAGCUUCGCUCUUCUCCCGAUUGAUAUCAAGUCCGGCAAUCAAUACCAACCCCUCGUCGACCAACCGGAUUACAGCGGAGGCCCUCCGAAUCACUCCACAGCUAUUCCCAUCUCUCUCAAAGCCCGAGACACAGACCUCUCUCCAUUUGCCCCAGAACGACUCCGAAUCCGUCUCUAAAGUCUCUUCUCUAGGGUUUCUGUAUCCCUCCGGUCUGCCUUCUCUCCGCUUCUUCUUGCCCGACGGAGAUUCAUCAAGUGAGCCAAUGCUAUUAUUUCCCAAAAGGACAUACCAGCCUAGCCACAUCAGGCGCAAAAGGACACAUGGUUUUUUUGCACGCAAAGCAACCAAGGGUGGCCGAAGAGUCAUUGCUCGAAGAAUAGCAAAGGGUCGUGCUAGAAUAACAGCUUAGCCUCCUUGUUACUAUGUUUUGAUCAAAAUCAUAUUGAACACUGCCUGAACCAUGGUAAAACUGAGCAAGUGUAGAGCCACUUUAUGUUGGCUUUGGCCCUCUUCAUGAUACCUAGAAGAAAAUAUUAUUCUGAAAGGAUGUUAUUUUUCUUAAGUGCUCUUUGAUAUAAAUGCCUAGAUUAUUUUCUCUGAUAUACUUGCAAGAAGUUAUUUGUUGGACAAAAUAUUGCGCUCAAAUAUUUCUUAUUUGAAUAAUCUAA